UCAAAAACUGGCAGGUCUGACCAAAUUUACAUAUCUUUCCCAUGCAUUAUCACUCCCCACCCAAGUGCUGCAUGAUAAUCUUCAUGUUCUCAAAGUCAGUUUUGGUCAGAAGCCCCCUGUGAGUACAUUGCCUGUCGGCGAAGCUACCAACGUCAAGUGAUACAUAGGUUUACCUAUCUCUGAGAACGUGGGAUCCAUUAUCAGCUGCUGUGCUUAAAUUUUUACCAACAAUGUUUUUUGGCAUUGUUGAAGAGUUAUGAUUUUUUAUCGAAUCAGUAGGCAUUUAAAGUGGAAGUCUGGUUUACUUAAGAAAAUGGCUAGCGACACUGGUGACAGAACGUGGGGUCAUCUAGCAUCCACAGAGAUUUACGGGAGGCCAUCAACUGCUGAUGAAUACACCGAACUAACCAAGGAAGAAAUUAACUCAGAGCAUUAUUCCAGCAAAACAAAUGCCUGCCACUGUUUAUUAUUUGCUCGCAAGAAUAAAAAAACUUUUGGAGUCUAUAAUCCUAGAGCAACCGUACUCAUGCAAAUGCGGUUUGAUGGUUACAUUGGUUUUCCAGGUGGUCUUGUCGAUAGUGGAGAAGACCAAAUUACCGCACUCAACCGAGAAUUACUCGAAGAAAUGAAUUUAGAUACAUCAACGUACAAAGUAACUGAGGAAAAUCACAUCGUCUCUCAUUAUAGUACUAAAAAAAACAUUUGCUUACACUUUUAUGCCCUUGAAGUACCUGAGGAAGACAUCAAGAAAAUAGAAGUGAAGUCUCUCAGCUCCAAGGACCAUGGCUCAGAGGUGUUAGGUGUGAUUCAAGUUCCCCUGUAUACAAUGGGAGAUGGAGUUCGUGGCUUCCCGACUUUUUUGACACAUUCGUUUAUAGGAAAUUCACGGAUGCAGCUUCUCAUCUCCCUAAAAAAAUUGAAUAUAUUAACCGAAGAUGAAAUCACAUCAGUGUUGAAUGCUGUCCCGACGAAAACUACGACUGCAACAUCCUCAUAAAUUUACAUUGCGCUUGAUUUCUCCAAGUUUUUCUAUAUUGACUUGCAUUUUGGCUCAGCAGCCAUUCUCUCUGCUGAAUGAGUUGCUGAAUAAAUUUGUCCUCAAAUUUACUGACUUUUAAGAGCCCCAAAUUUGACAUUAGGCUUCCAAUUGGAUGAAAUUUUAUUAAUAAAAAAAGUGUAAUCAAAGAUUUCAUUGGUGACAUUGAUGCCAAUAUCAGCACUAACAGAUAUGUUCAGUUUUUACUGAUACCUACAUUUUUUAAAUUUUUGGUAGGGUCACAGUGAAGCUUUGUUGGUGAUUGGUUUUGAAAAAUUAAAAUUUUGUUGUAAAUGAAAUGAAUCAACUGAGCGAACAUUUUUGAAUUGGUUUUUAUCCAAUAUUUAUUUUUAUUGGUUGAAAAUACCCAGCACAAGAUUUGAGCCCAUUGAAAGUCUGUUAUAUUUUUGUUUCUGUUGUAUCAUGGAAGAAAAUGUAUGUAAAAAAGUGCAAGAUCCAAUAGUCCAAAACGCCAUUGAACUGUUUUUUCUUCCCGAGAAGCAAAGUCCAUUCAAAGCGACCUGCAGCAUGCUGGCCAGCCUUUUCUCAUCACAUGUGAAACAGUGACAUUUUUGUGAAGGUGAAAGCAGGAAGAAAAUACACUUAAUCAAACACUAUCUCAAAGUGUUUUAACUACUAAUUAUGGUUAUAGUUGUAGCGCUAAAAAUGUAAUGUUACUCAUUGUCUUUAAUUAUUUUUUUGUUUGCGUUGUUAGUUAUUUAAGACAGCUUCUGCUCUGAAACAUUUCUAUUAUAUGUCCACCAUGAAGCCAAUAUAAUUUUUUUGUAGCAAACUUGUAAUUUUUCUGUUCAAAAUAGUGAAGAAAUAGUGUAAAUCCUUAUGUUUUUAGGCCACUUCUUCUUUCAGCUUAAUUGCUUCUAAGGAGGUUCAAAAUGAAGCCGUAAUCAUUUAAUCAAUACUCUUUUACAAUUAAGCAGUUGAGGUGAAAAGUCCUCGGUUUGCAGCUCUCAUUAUUCAUAAUUAUUUUCUAUAAAAUGCCUGAGUUACUAAUAAAAUAAAUUUGUAUCGCCUUGGGUGGUGAAAGGCUGGAAAGUCAAUAAAUAAAACUAAUUCUUUGAGACCUCUGUGUUUAUUCAAUGUUUUCCAUUCUUUAAUGGUUGUAUUUUCAUAAAAUUCAUCGCAAACAAUUGCCUAUGAAGCCUCAAAUUCUAUAAUAAAAGUUAUUGAUCCAUCAUUUUUUUAACUAGAACCUAACUUGUCUCUCAACUUGUCUCCUUCUUCCUCAUCAAAAGCAAGGAUGUUAGGUAUUGAGAAAGAAGCAUGAGAUAGGUCUUUGCGAAUGUAUUUUAAGUAACCCAGACCAAGCUAACGAUCGAGGUCUUCCACCGAAAAACUGUGUUUUCUAGGUUGUAGUAAAUGGUGGGUUAAGAGUAAAAGAUUAGGAAUCCACAUUUUCGGAAAAAUUUGCAAGCAUUCUUAAAGAUUUUAAAAGAUGUUCUGAAUUUCUUCAAAACUUUGCAACAAUAUCUGACAUCUAAUUUGCGGCUUAGAAAAUAUCAAAUUACACUGUGGGCCUACUUUACUGCAGUUUUCCCCUUACUUUUUGUAAUGGUAGGGGUGCUAGUUUUGAUUUUUUGGUUCUCUACUACAUAAACAAUGCUGUCCUGAGGGCACUGUAUGAAAUUUUUUUAAUUAUAUGAAAAGUUAAACAGUAA